GACUCGGGAGAGGUCCCCAAGAGCUGAGCCGAGAGCCUUUGUGUGCAGAGGGAGGAGGCGGCGGCGGCCGCCCGGCUGCGCCCCCGCCCGGGGAGCGCCGCAGGAACAAUGCUAGCCUGCCUGACCCGCGGGAACUUACUGGACGUCCUGCAGGAGGGCUUCAAUGAGCAACAGCUGCAGGCAUAUGUGGCCUGGGUGAAUGCACAGCUGAAGAAGAGGCCAUCAGUGAAGCCUGUACAGGACCUGCGACAGGAUCUCCGGGAUGGGGUGAUUCUGGCAUAUCUCAUCGAGAUUGUUGCAGGAGAAAAGUUGAGUGGGGUGCAGUUGAGUCCCAGUAACCAACAAGAGAUGAAGAAUAAUGUAGAGAAAGUGCUACAGUUUGUAGCCUCCAAAAAGAUCCGUAUGCACCAGACUUCGGCCAAAGAUAUUGUGGAAGGAAACCUGAAGUCCAUCAUGAGGCUGGUCCUUGCCUUGGCAGCUCAUUUCAAACCCGGCUCUAGCAGGACAGUGAGCCAAGGACGGGACUGCAGAGCCCCUCUGCAGAGUCACCAACCACACUGUGCCACUGCUGUGGCCCAGGGAGCAGCUGCUGCUCUGGCUGAUGUGUGCCAUGACAUGUCACGGUCAGGACGGGAUGUCUUCCGAUACAGACAGAGGAACAGCAGCAUGGAUGAGGAGAUUGAGAAUCCAUACUGGAGCGUGCGGGCGCUGGUGCAGCAGUAUGAAGGGCAGCAAAGGUCCCCAUCUGAGUCCAGCUGUUCCAGUCUGACUUCACCCAGUCCAAUCCACAGUGCAAAGAGUGAAUCCAUCAUAACUCAGUCAGAGGAAAAGGCAGAUUUUGUGAUUAUUCCCUCUGAAGGAAUAGAGAACAGAACAGAGGAGACAGACUCUCCAUUAUCCCGAGACUGGCAGCCAGGGAGCCCUGGAACCUAUCUGGAAACCUCAUGGGAAGAACAGCUGUUGGAACAACAAGAACAUUUAGAAAAAGAAAUGGAGGAAGCUAAGAAAAUGAUAUCAGGACUACAGGCCUUACUGCUCAAUGGAUCCUUACCUGAAGAUGAACAGGAGAGGCCCUUGGCCCUCUGUGAACCAGGAGUCCAUCCCGAGGAACAACUGAUUAUAAUCCAGAGCCGCUUAGAUCAGAGUGUGGAGGAGAAUCAGGACCUAAAGAAAGAGCUGCUGAAAUGUAAACAAGAAGCCAGAAAUUUACAGGGGAUAAAGGAUGCCUUGCAGCAGAGAUUGACUCAGCAGGACACAUCUGUUCUUCAGCUCAAACAAGAACUCCUGAGGGCAAAUAUGGACAAAGAUGAGCUGCAUAACCAGAAUGUGGAUCUACAGAGGAAGCUAGAAGAGAGGAACCGACUCUUAGGAGAGUACAAAAAAGAGCUGGGGCAGAAGGAUCGCCUCCUUCAGCAGCACCAGGCCAAGUUGGAAGAAGCACUCCAGAAACUCUCAGAUGCUAGUUACCAGCAGGUGGGCCUAGAACGGGAGCUGGAACACAAAGAUGUACUGUUGGCCCACUGUAUGAAAAGAGAGGCAGAUGAGGUGACCACCUAUAACAGCCACAAGUCUCAAAGCAAUGGUUUUCUCCUUCCAGUGGCAGGGAAAGGAGCUGCUUCCAUCUCCCACAGAGGGACCAGUGACCUGCAGCUUGUCCGAGAUGCCCUUCGCAGCCUGCGCAACAGCUUCAGUGGCCACGAUCCUCAGCACCACACCAUCGACAGCUUGGAGCAGGGUAUCUCCAGCCUCAUGGAGCGCCUGCACAUCAUGGAGACACAGAAGAAACAAGAAAGAAAGGUUCGAGGCAAGUCACCUAGAACUCAAGCUGGUGGGGCCCGGGAGUCCUGGCCCCCUAAUUCAAGGUUGCCUCACUCACAGAGUUCUCCAGCUGUCAGCAGCACCUGCACUAAAGUGCUCUAUUUCACUGACCGGUCACUUACGCCCUUCAUGGUCAAUAUACCAAAGAGGUUGGGGGAGGUGACAUUGAAGGAUUUUAAGGCAGCUAUUGAUCGAGAAGGGAAUCACCGGUAUCAUUUCAAAGCGCUGGAUCCUGAAUUUGGCACUGUUAAAGAGGAGGUUUUCCAUGAUGAUGAUGCCAUUCCUGGAUGGGAAGGAAAAAUUGUAGCCUGGGUAGAAGAAGACCAUGGAGAGAAUUAAUGUUGAGUAUUAGAACAUGGACAUUCUCUGGCUGCUUCACUCAGGAAAGAGGAUUGAAACCAGAGUACACUAAGAAGUUUCUAAAUCAUGCUGCCAAAACAGAAGCUUCUCCAAGUGUGAUGGUCACAGGCCAGCCCUGUGUCUGUGCCUGGCAUAUCUGGUACUUAAGAUCCGUGUCCAAGUGCAGACCGUGGGUUCACCUGGAGUUCCUUGUCCAUGAGAACAGUGUUUUGUUCUACUCUGAGGAUAACAAACCGAAGGCCUUAACCAAUGGGGAUGGAUGAUCCCACUCCUGUGGGAGUAUGGCUGCUAUUAUCUGGAACCUGGGAACUGGAUGCAUCACUCUUGUGUGUUACAGUAUUAAGUGGCCUCAAUGGUUGCAGCAAUCAGAGUCCCAGCAUUUUUGCUCACAGACAAGGCAAAGGUACCAGCUUUUCUGCUUUUCAGAUAUUGCAAACCAGAACUAAUUCAUGAGAUGGUACCAAAGAUGAAAGCCUACUCAUCACUGAUCUAUUGAACUGGACAUGAACGGUGCUGAAUUGCUGAUUGGAUGGAAAAGUACUGCCAUAUUGCGCCGAACUAUGCUAAAACCUGAAGACCUUGGGCUGCCUCUCCUGGUCUUAACUGGUUCUGCAGCUUGUCCUUCAGCCACAUAGGGCAUAUUUCAAGUACUGCUGGCUUUCUCUGGGGACUCUGUAGCUUUAGAGCCAUUUAUUUUUCUUCAAACUGACGAACUUCAUGUUUGAAAGGAAUAAGGAGUGAAAAGCUCCUUAAGAAUCCAGGCAGGUAUGGAAAGGUGCUGCUACUCCUAUCUUCUUGACUUUGUCUCAUAACUUCCUUUAACUCAUGGUAUCUCCUUUGCUGUAAAAAGGAGACAGACCAUUAAUUUCAGUGUUUCUUUGUGAUUUAUGAGUACUAAGCAUGACUUACUGGUCUGCUCUCAUUUCAAGGCUGGAGUUAUUUUCUAUUAUAUAUUUAAUGUAGGGUGAUUCUUUAGGGCACAUUAGAACCCAUGGGGCAUGGAGCAUGAAUUGUGAAUGGCAGGGUUGAUUCAGGCUGAAAAAACCUAGAAUCAUAUCUCAUGUGCAACAUUUUCAAGUGUAGAAGCUAAAUUGUGUUCAACUUCCAGAGAUUACUUAAUAACUUGGAUUUUCUCAUUCACCCACCCAGCAUCAGUCAGCCAUUAUAUAUAUGAUAUAUAUAUCAUAUAUAUUCAGUCUGUAACCACCAGUGUACACUGCCAAACAGAAGAGUAGGGCAGAUCAGUUCUGGGUUCUUGACCUGUCUCUAGUUCAUCUCCCCCUUUCAGCCAUUUGAACAGAUUACUCCUUGGAAACAGAUUUCUCAGAUUACUCUGAGAAAACAUCUUGUUGUUUUAUAUAGCUGUGUCUUUUUUAAAUAGUUCAUGUUUGGAGAAUUCUUUUGUACUCAUUUCUUUUUGUCUGAGAACCAUGUCUAUUUUUAUAACUCAAGUGUGAAUUCUAUAUACUCUCACAUUCUGUAUACUGUGCCCAUUUUCUAGAGAAUCCAGCAGCUUUUAUACAGUCUCUUCCUACCACCUCUUGUAGUUUCAGAACAAGCUUUAUUUUAUUAUGAGUAAACGGAUGACAACUAAUUCCUCUCCAAUUCUAUGUAUUUAGUUGUGGAGUUAGUUUUAUGUAAUCCAGUUGACUGCUUUUCUAACAGACAGGAGUUCAAGACACCCGAUGUCUUUCAUGUAAGUUUACCUGGUCUUCUAUUGAAGAAUGAUUUUUUUUUCAGCAGAAAUAACUGGGAAAG